AGUUCCCGUUGUGGAGUAAAGAGAUAUCCAAACCAAUGGCCCGCCGUCUCUAAUUCCAGCUCUAAUUCCGGUCAUCUGAUGCUCGAUCUGGACAGAUUCUGUCUCAGAACUCUGACCUUUCGCUUGAAUUUAGAGUUUUUAAUUUUUGCGCUAUACGCGAUAGAUGGAAUUAUUCCACGCCUUCUUUGCCAAGUGGUGGUGCUUGAUAUUGGAAGGAGGCGGGAAACCACCAACUCUGGCGCCGAUGAGCGGCGUGGGCUCACUGCAGGUGCGCCGCCACAGGGAGGCGGUCGGAGUGUCAUGGCAGCGGCGUUGUCCAACAGCACGUUUUCUAGCCUGAGCGAAAGCGAGCGGGAGGAGAACAACGACCAGAUGGCGUCGAGCUCGCUGACGGCGGUGGCGACGGGUCCGCGGGAAGGAAGAAGCUCCGUCUGUCCAAGUACCAUCAUCGAUGCAGGAAGUAAGUUAUCUCCAG